GAAAUUUGAGGCCAUCGUGAAUCAGUGACAAAAGAGGCACGACUCGAGGUCCAGUGUGAGGGGGUAAGAUGUGGGCUUCUGCGCUUUCCCAGGCGAUUCCACCUUUCAAAUCCUCAUUCGUGUUUCAGAGUUGCAAAGUGGCAACUGUCUCUCGCCCUUUGCCAUGGACCAACCAUCCUCACUCCUCUAUGCGCGUCCCGUCCCUCCACAGAUAUUCCGAGAUUGGAGUCCGGCCCAAGCGAAUCGCCGCCUCCGUGCGCUGCUUCUCUGCAUUGACUCCUGAGCUGAAGUGCACGUUGGAUAAAGUUGUUAAAUCACACAAAGUAGUUCUCUUUAUGAAAGGAACCAAGGACUUUCCACAAUGUGGGUUUUCAAAUACAGUAGUACAAAUACUGAAUUCCCUGAAUGUGCCAUUUGAAACACUGAAUAUACUAGAGAAUGAGGUACUGCGUCAAGCAUUGAAGGAAUACUCUAGCUGGCCUACCUUUCCUCAACUUUACAUUGAUGGAGAGUUCUUUGGCGGUUGUGACAUUACUGUCGAGGCUUAUAAGAACGGACAGUUGCAGGAAUUAUUGGAGAAGGCAAUAUGCUCCUGAUUAACAUGAAUUUAAC